AUGUAUAAUUCAAGAUCUUUAUACUAAUAAGUGUCUCCAAGCAGUGGAAGAAUUUAGAAGAUAUCAGAAAAAUUAUCAACCAUAUAAAUAGGAGUAGAGAACGAGAGAUUCUAAAAACUUGAAUAAGCUGAAUAAAGAAUCCAAUAAGCUGAAGAUGCAUUUAAUGAAUUUUAAGAAUAAAUUUUUACUAAACUCAAUGGACUUAGAGAUCAAUUAGGAAAAUUGCAAAAAUAAGUUGAAGAAGAUAAAUUAGCAAAAGAAUAAGCUAAUGAGACUAAAAAUAGGGAAGUGUUAGCUUUAGAAAAGAAAUUUGAAAAUGCAAUUGAAAAUGAGAAUCAAGCAAGAAAGGAAGGAGAAUCUAAAGUGCUGCGUCUGUUAGAGGAUAAAACUGCAUUAUUGAGAACCGAAGUUUAGAAAGAAACAGCCAGCAGAGUUGAUGCCAUAGAAGGAAUUCAUCAAGGGUUAUAAAAUGAUUUACCAAAAAUCCAAGAAGCCAUAAGAAAUGAAUCAAAUGAAAGAGAUGAAUCUGAUUAAAAUGUUAUGAAAUCAAUUACCGACGAACUUGUGAAAUUAAGUAAUUUAAUUAAUGUGGAGAAGAGAAACAGAGAUGAAAGCGAAUAAUCGAUCUUCGAAAUGUUAAAGGAUAUCGUUAAUAGAGUGAAAGUUGAAUUGGAUUAAGAAAAAAAAACAAGAGAAUAAUCAGAAGAACAUCUCUUAAGUCUGUUAGAAGAUACAUGCAAUAAAUUAAGUAUUGCAGCAAAUCUAUGAUCAAUUAUAAAUAUAUUAAAUAUUAAAAUUAAUUCCUCGA